AUGACGCAGGGUCCCGGCGGGCGCGCGCCCCCCGCGCCCCCCGAGCCCGAGGCGCCCACCACCUUCUGUGCGCUGCUGCCGCGCAUGCCACAGUGGAAGUUCGCGGCCCCGGGCAGCUUCCUGAGCCGCGGCCCGGCGGCGGCGCGGGCGGCUGAAGCUGCGGGGGUCGCCGACCCCCAGCUGGAGCCCGCAGGCCCGGCGGGCGUCCCGGCGCUGGCGGCCGCCGUCCUGGGCGCCUGCGAGCCGCGCUGCGCCGCGCCCUGUCCCCUGCCGGCGCUCAGCCGUUGUCGGGCCGCGGGGGCGCGGGGGCCACGGGGCGCGCGGGGGGCGGCCGCGCCCCCAGACGCCGCGGCCGCCGAGUGGAUCCGCAAGGGCAGCUUCAUCCACAAGCCGGCACACGGCUGGCUGCACCCCGACGCUCGGGUCCUGGGGCCCGGGGUCUCCUACAUCGUGCGGUACAUGGGCUGCAUCGAGGUCCUCCGCUCCAUGCGCUCCCUCGAUUUUAACACUCGCACCCAGGUGACCAGGGAAGCCAUCAACCGACUCCAUGAGGCCGUGCCCGGUGUCCGGGGCUCCUGGAAGAAGAAGGCCCCCAACAAGGCCCUGGCCUCCAUCCUGGGCAAGAGCAACCUGCGCUUCGCGGGCAUGAGCAUCUCCAUCAACAUCUCCAUCGACGGCCUCAACCUCUCCGUGCCUGCCACGCGCCAGGUCAUCGCCAGCCACCACAUGCCGUCCAUCUCCUUCGCGUCCGGCGGUGACACGGACAUGACGGAUUACGUGGCCUACGUCGCCAAGGACCCCGUCAACCAGAGAGCCUGCCACAUCCUGGAGUGCUGUGAGGGCCUCGCGCAGAGCGUCAUCAGCACCGUUGGCCAAGCCUUCGAGCUGCGCUUCAAGCAGUACCUGCACAGCCCCCCCACGGCCGUCGUGCCCCCGGACAGGCUGACUGGGCAGGAGGAGUCGGCUUGGGGGGAUGAGGACGAGGCCUCGGAACACAAUUACUACAACAGCAUCCCUGGCAAGGAGCCGCCGCUGGGCGGGCUGGUGGACUCCAGGCUGGCGCUGACGCAGCCCUGUGCCCUCGGGGCCCUCGGCCAGGGCGCGUCUCCUGCUCAGAGAGAUGCCUGCAGCCUGCCGUGGGACCUGGGGCCCGUGGGUACAGCCCCGCCGGGGGAUGGCUACGUGCAGGCGGAUGCGAGGGGCCCCCGGGUCUACGAGGGACACCUGUAUGUCAACACCCAGGGUCUGGACGCCCCGGAGCCCGAGGACAGCCCCAAGAAGGACCUGUUCGACAUGCGACCCUUCGAGGACGCCCUGAAGUUGCACGAGUGCUCAGUGGCAGCUGGCACGACGGCAGCCCCUCUUCCCUUGGAGGACCAGUGGCCCAGCCCCCCCACCCGCCGGGCCCCUGUGGCCCCCACGGAGGAGCAGCUGCGGCAGGAGCCCUGGUACCACGGCCGGAUGAGCCGGCGGGCGGCGGAGAGGCUGCUUCGAGCUGAUGGGGACUUCCUCGUGCGCGACAGCGUUACCAACCCUGGGCAGUAUGUGCUCACGGGCAUGCACGCCGGGCAGCCGAAGCACCUGCUGCUGGUGGACCCCGAGGGCGUGGUGCGGACGAAGGACGUGCUGUUCGAGAGCAUCAGCCACCUGAUUGACUACCACCUGCAGAACGGGCAGCCCAUCGUGGCCGCCGAGAGCGAGCUGCACCUGCGCGGCGUGGUGACGCGGGAGCCCUGAGCGAGGUGAUGUUCCCAGCCCAGGCUCCUGCUGUGCCGCAGCCUUGCAGCUCUCAGCCCUUCUCUCAGGCCCUGGUCAGGCUGGAACCGCCGCUGUCUCUCCUUCCUCCGCAUGAGCCUCUGGAAUCUUCCUUCCUCCAGCUGGCCCUGGGCUGGGCAGGGCAGGCUGGGAUUUUGGGGGCCCAGGAGCCCUCCUCCCGCUGGAGCCCCGGCCACCCACCCUCUGCCUGGAGUGAGGGUGCACAUGCCAAAGACAGAGCCUCUUCUCGCCAUUGCAGAACACAGAGCAGAGCAGCCACCGCGCCGGAGCCCCGGCCUCUGUCUCGUCCCAGGCUGGACCGAGGCUGUAGCCCUGGAGCGUGAGGGUUCCCAGUUCCCUGCUGUGGAAACCAAUUCCUGUCCCAGCUGGGCUCACUUUUCCCACCCGAGAAACUUGGGUGCACAGUUGUCUUUCUGGGGGGAGAAUUAAGGUGCUUUGGGGCUCCCAGGCCAGGGCAGACUCUGAGGUGGGGCAGCCUUGGGCUCACCCAGGAUGAUGGGGCAGCUGGGCCGCUCAAGACGCUGACACGGGGGCAGCCGUGAGCAGGAGGAAGGACGUGGCUGCCCGCCUGGGCUGUGCCCCCCAGCUGUCGACCUGGACCGGACAUUUGAAUCUGUUUGUAAUUAAACUUGGGAGUGACC